AUGUUGAAUAAUUUAAUUAAUAAAAGAUUAUUUACUUUAAAUAAUACAAAGAAAUUAUUUUUAAAUUCUCAACCAAAAUUAUAUAGUUAUAGUAAUAAAAACAGACUUUUUUCAACAAAUUCAACAAAUUCAACAAACCCAACAAAUUCAACAAAUCCAACAAAUCCAACAAACCCAACAAAUUCAACAAAUCCAACAAACUCAGCAAACUCAACAAAUAAUAAUGAUGAAUAUGAAGAUAGAAAUUAUGAUGAAUAUAUUAAAAAAGGAAUUUUUUUAGAAGAUGAUGAUGGACAAACAAGAAUGUAUAAAAUCUUAAAACAUAAAAUGCGUGAGACAGAAAAGGAACUUAGAGAAGGAUUAAAAAUGAGUGAUGAAGAAUUUUUUAAAGGUAAAUCAUCAUCAAAACAAAUUUUCCUUAGUAGACAUGGCACAAUUACAUUGGCAGUGACAUUAGCAAUUUUCACAGCAACUGCAAUGUUCUUUUAUUUUGGAAAGAGAAAACACAUUUUAUUAUCACAACAAGUCGAUUAUCAUACAACUGCAAUCACCAAUGAAUUAAAUCAAUUAACAAGUGAUAAUCAAAAAAUUUACGAUUCUUUAUCUUCCUCUCAAAAUCAAGAUCAAUUAAUAACUUUAUUAAUUGAUAAAAUCUUAAUUGAAAAAGGUAUUCUCAAUAAUAAUAAUAAUAAUAAUAAAUCAAUAACCCCAGCUGAAUUAAAUAAAAUAAAAUCAGAAUUAAAAUCAAUAAUUGUAAAUAGUAUUAAUAAAUAA